UGGCUCUACAGAAAUUAUACCUCAAGAUCGUCUUCUAACUGCGUGACUGACUUUAUUAAAGGCUUGAGAGUGGAGUCUGGAAGACUGUGGCAGUUCCAGGUAGACAGAGACGGGACAAAGUUUCAUUCAGAGCCACACUGGAAUGGUUUAAAUCCAGCAGGAAAAGCCUUUUCAUAAUUUAAUCUGUAACCUGGUGUUGGUCUAGCAAAUAAAAUGUCAAUAAAAUCAACGGAUACAGUGGUUAUGACAUAAAAGAAAAUCUGAAAGGGUUGAAAGGUUUGAGUCCGAAGCUUUCAUAUUUGUGAACAAACAGGCAGAAGAGGAAGCUCUCAGAAGUUCAGACAGAUGCACAAAAAGCUAUAAUGCAAAAAAACAACAAUGAUUAAAUUCUAGUCGGAGACUCUUGAGCUCACCCUUGAGCAUAAUUAUACAAGGGAUGCAGGUUUAAUUACAGGUUUCUUUUAGGGGAAGCAUCUCUCAUCAUGUUAAAUGUUUUAAGAAAAAAAAAAAGGAAAAGAAAUAACAUGUAAUAUCACUUUAAAGAGAUCAUCCACAACAGAGUCCCAUCGAAUCACAUGGUCGCUAAAUGGCCGACAGCCCUUUAAUCCACAAGCCUAUAAUCCCAGCUCAUCAAAGGUUGAGAUUACCAUCAGUCUGCGAAGGGCCAGGGCUGCAGAUAGGAGGACGGUGACAGAGGGAGAGCUCAGACAUGACAGCGGCGGCGCAACAGCGGGAGGAGAUUGGUGCACACAAAUAGCCAGCCAAUCACGGCAGAGGCAGGGAAAAUAACAAGGCCAGGGGAGAGCUGGAGAACGAGGGUAGAGCUAAGAAAAAGCGAGGGAGAAGGUGAAAUCACAGUCGCACGUAGAAGACACCAAACAAAGAGGAGAGAAGAAGGAGGAGUGGAGGAGAGACCGCUGAUUCUAACGGUCUCCAGAGAGCAGGGCGAAGGAGAUGAGCAGCGAGAGAGAGAGAGGGGGGGGACGAGCAGCCGGCAGAGAGAACAUCCAGUAGCUGAGGCAGCCAUGCUCUGAGCCCUGGAGCAGCAGGGCUUACGCAGACAGUGCACAGGCCCAGAGUCAGACCCAAAGCUCGGGCCCUCCGGGACAACAGAAGAUCCCACCCUCGUCAGCUGCACACAGGAACCAUGAGGACAGCCAGGAAGGGCAGCGUGGAGAUGCCGGCGUUCGUGCGGCAGCUGGUCAAAGAAACGGAGAAGAGGGUCAGCUCUUUCUUCAAAGGGGGCCGCGGGGGAGCGUCGGACGCGGAGCAGCCAGGUGAGGGGGAGAAGGAGGAGGUCCUCCCCAGCCCGUACCUGGACAAGCCCGUGCUGGACAAGCUGACGGAGGAGGGCUGCGCCCGCUGGGGCCUGACGUACGCCUUGGGCAGCAUGCAGGGCUGGAGGGCCAACAUGGAGGACUUCCACAACUGCGUGCCCCAGCUGGGUGGCGAGCUCGCGGAGUGGAGCUUCUUCGCGGUGUUCGACGGCCACGCCGGCAGCACGGUGGCGCAGUACUGUUCUCAGCACCUUCUGGGCCACAUCCUGGCCACAGCUGGAAUUGGAGCCGAGGACCACCCUGAAAAGGUGAAAGGGGCCAUAAUAGAGGGCUUCAUGCAGACCGACAAACACCUGCACUCUGCGGCCCGGCGCGAAGGCUGGGAGAGAGGCGGGACCACCGUGGUGUCCACCCUCAUCUCCCCGUAUUACAUCUACUUUGCCAACUGUGGCGACUCCAGGGCCAUGCUGUGCCGGUCGGGGCAGGUGUGCUUCUCCACCGAGGACCACAAACCUUACAGCCCUCUGGAGAAAGAGCGCAUAGAAAGCGCCGGCGGGUCGGUGUCCCUGCAGAGGAUCAACGGCUCCCUGGCCGUGUCCCGUGCUCUGGGGGACUUCAGCUACAAAGGGGCAGAGAACCGGAUCCCCAGCCAGCAGAUGGUGUCGCCGGAGCCGGAAGUGUGCGUGGUGGAGCGGUCGCCGGCGGACGAGUUCCUGGUGCUGGCCUGCGACGGCGUGUGGGACACCAUCAGCAACGAGGAGCUGUGCGCGUUCAUCCACAACCGGCUGCAAGUGUGCACCGACCUGAGGGACGUCUGCGCUCAAGUCAUUGAUCUCUGUCUUUACAAGGGCAGCUUGGACAACAUCAGCAUCAUCCUGCUCUGCUUCCCAGGCGCCCCCCAGCUGUCAGCGGAGGCAUUACACCAGGAGGCUGAGCUGGAGGACCUGCUGGAAUCCAAAGUGGCAGAAAUAUAUGAUGAGUUAUCUGCCUCGGGGGAGGAGCCUGACCUCCUAUCCGUCCUCACAGUCCUGGCGUCCACCGUCAUUCCAGGAUUACCUCCGGGUGGAGGCAUCCAGAGCAAAAGGAACUGUAUCAUCUCUGCUUACUAUCAUCAAAGAGAGACACACAAGCCGGCAGUACCAAAUGUUUUGGGAAGUUCAUGAGACCCUGAAGCAGAAGACCAUCUCUAACCCAGAGGGGCUGUAUUUAAUGUGAAAGUUAAACUGUUCUCCUCACAUGUGCAAUCUGACCAACAGGGAAUUCACAUGACCUUGGCAAAGGCGUUUGCUCACAUCAUGCGAGCAAGCAGCAUCUUGUGAAAACAAAUACAAUGCAAAAAGAAAUCUAAUAAAGCCUACAACUUUAUAUUUAUACGAGACAGAUAUUUUGUAAAAACGUACUCGGACACAGAGCAAGCAAUGAACCUCUGCCUCUAAUUCAGUGAACACACAGCACAGCUAAUAAAUUCAGAGGACAGAUCAGUACAACUGGAUAAAAAUCAACUGUGACACUGUACAUUUUCAUUGGAUAAAAACCAGGACUGUUUGAUACACACAACGUUGUAUUUUAAAGAUUACAAUUUUAAAGAGAUGAAAGUAUAAAUGUUUAGAAUUCAAAUAAGCCUUUACAUUUCAUUGUCAAAAGCGAGCCAUAAGUAAACAUGCAGAUGGCCUUUUGUUCCUAUCAGAAAUACUAACUAACUGAGUCAGGGAACUCAAUCAUAUAUGUUUCUUAUUGCUGGUGACAAGCAAAUGAUGACAGAUAUUUUAAUAUACAUACAUUAAA